AAUAAUUUAUGUAUCCAUUUUGCAGAUAUUGUAAAAUGAACAAGACCCUUUGGCUAUCAAUGAUAUGGGAAACGACCAAACGUGGCCGCAUCAGACGGGACAAGUGCUGACAUAGCAAAUCGAACAUGGGACCCAACAAUCAACAUCCCUCCCCUCAAAAUUCCCGAAUCAAGACCCCAACCCCGAGGUGCCAAUCAUCCAUGGCAUUUUCCCUAUCAUCUCUCUCCAAAUCACUCUCCUCCCUUCUCCCUUCCCGAUCAAAACCAAACUCCCCUUCCCUUCUCUCACCGACGACUCUCCAACUCCCCAAAAGAGCAUCAGGUUGUGCUCUGCUGGUUCCCACCUGGGACCCCAAACCUACGUCAACGUCAACUUGUCUUUCGUCUUCUUUGACAACAGCUGAUGACAUCACCGCUAUAACAUGCCCAUCACUGGCAUAUGCAAAUGCCCUGUUCUUCAAGUCGGGUUGCUAUAAUGUUCAGGUCGUGGUGGCAGAGAAUGAGCCCGAGGAGAAGCUGUUGGGUCGGUUCAGGAGAGCCGUGUUUAAGGCGGGUGUUAUCCAGGAGUGUAAAAGGAGGAGGUUCUUUGAGAGUUCACAGGACAAGAAGAAGCGCAAAGCUAGAGAGGCUUCUAAAAGGAACCGCAAAAGACGCCCACAACCUAAAGCUUCAGCACAAGCUAAAGAGGAGACCCCUAAGAAGAAGGAUGAUGAUGAAGAUGAUAACUGGGAGCUUCCUGGAGGAGACCUGCCCUACUAACCACAUUUGGUCAUCUGAAAUCGUGUGUGCCUAUACUUAAGAUAGAUAGUUAGCAAAGGAAUGACAUCUACUGUCAUGGGGGUAAAAAAUAGGUUACCGAUAUGCACUAAUCAGACAUGCUUAAUUGAAUCCUUUCCACAGCAUGGUUCUGUGAUAGCAUAAUCGUUCUAAGUGCAACGUAUCGGGACAAGGCUUUCUUCUGUAAAAGCUUGGUGAAAUUGAUCAGAUACUCACAAGAACCUUCUUGUCUUUGUCCUUUUAGCGAAAUGAAAAUGGGUCCUUAACCAAUGGAAUUUCGGGUUCAAAACUUGCUUUACCCAACAAUUGCUUUUCAA